AUGUCAGGCUCAAUGUUCGUUACAUUCUUCUCAAAACUCCCAAAGAAAUCACCUGAAACUGGAAUGAUCCGCCUCUUCGAUCGCAUGGACUAUUACUCUAUCCAUGGGCAAGAUGCCCACUACGUCACCACACACGUCUUUCGUACUAAUUCCGUCCUCAAGUACCUAGGUGCUUGGACACACAAUCUGGCACGAUAUAUGCGCUUGGAUACUAGUGCAUUGCGUGCACUGAAUCUCAUCUAUGCCCCUGGAAGUGCUGGAAGUAUCAAUAAGAAUGCAACACUCCUUGGUCUACUCAAUAAAUGCAAGACUGCUCAGGGCACUAGGCUCCUCAGGACAUGGCUCAAGCAACCUUUGAUAAAUCUGCACGAAAUAUGUAAACGGGCAAGACCUCAUGGAGACAUCGUGGAUGACACAUCUACAUGGAGAAUGCUGCAAGACGACUACUUGAAGCUGAUGCCUGACCUCCAUCGCCUAAGCAAGCGAUUCAAGAAAUUUAUCGCGUCCCUUGAGGAUGUUGUGCAAGCAUAUCAAGUCGUCCUCAAGCUGCCUGGUUUGCUUGUGGCUCUAGAGGGUCUCCAGUACGAGCACGAAGAAGAUGUCAUGAUGGAUGAUGUGUCACCCAAGGCUCAGCUGACUGAACUGUGUCUCUACUCACAUCUUUCUGAUUUCUUGCUGUCUUAUCUCCUUGCUAUCCUUGCUAUUAUUGCUGUAUCGUACAUAUGGCCACUAGUCUUUCUAUCUGGCCAGACAGCAACAUGUACCCUCCAGUUCAAGAACGAGACUGUCAUUUCUUUGUACUUCCCAGACUCACCUAUCUGCUAUCGGGCACCUGGUUUCACUGGGACUCUGGUUGAUCUCAAGUGGGUCGCAUUCUUUGGGGCCGCUAUGACGGAAGACGGCGUGUCUAUCGUGCUGGACUUGGACCCUGCAUGGCCAGAAUGGAGGUUCUGCCCUGAUCUGGACACCACCCCGCGUCAGCCUGCGCAAUGUCUUUGA